AUGUGUGAGAAUUACUUUUUUAAUAUUUUAGUUAAUUAGAUUAUUUUAAUUUUCAUACAAAAAUUUAUAACUAAGAAAAGCAAGAAAAAAUUUGCUUAAUUAGGAUAAGAAUAUUCAAAGUAAAAAACAAGCAAAUUAAUUUAGUUAGCAAAUUACGGAAGGGUUAAUACAUAAUAGGGAGCAAUGUAAUAAUAAAAAUCCUAUCUAUUUGAAUUUAUAAAUGCUGUAGGAGGUGGUUAUGCUGUUGGUUUGAUGGCUGGAGGCGGACUAGGAUUUAUGACAGGCUUCCUGAAAUAUUCUGGAAUGACAUCAGAAAGAAUUAGCAGUGGAAUUGUUCACCUCAAAUAUGUAGGAGCUGAUUAUGGAAAUUUAUUUGCUAAAUUUAAUGGUGUAUUUAUGACAUACAGAUAUGGACUUUAAAACUAUUGCUAAUUUGAUGACAUUGUUAGUAUAUUUUUAAGUUUUCCUUUAACAGCAACGACUUUAUCACUCAGAUAAGGAGUUAAAUAAGCUUUGGCAAAUGGAGUGAGAUCUUCAAUAUUUGCUGUUGUUAUAUUUGGUUAUAUUGGUUAUACUAGCUACUCCAAAUGA